AUGAAAAGACCCAAGGGUAAGAGACCGCAUUAUCACUCACCACUCCCCCUCGUACCGUUUCUCGAGAAACCGUUUGAUGAAAUGGUGGUGGAUGCUGCAGAGGACGUAGAGGUUGCUAUGGAUGGCCAGCUACCUACUCAGCCGGCUGAGAGGGACCCCGAGGAAGCAAAAGACUCCUUCAAAACCGACACCAACACCAGCCAAUGGUUCAUGACAGACGAGCUUGUUCGCCUCGUGCAGGAUAAGCUGAAGAAAACAAAGGAAGCACAGGAGGCUCUCAACACCACUUUAUCCUGCCUCCAAGUCAACAAUCACGUGAGUGUGAAAGACGCACUCGUCCAAGUCACGCUCGUACCUAUCAAGAGAGGCUACGUGGAUACGUGUGGCUAUGUCUACAACCAAGGUGAGACAGUCGGCAGAAUUGCCACAUCUACAUUUGCCAUGAACGAGGGCAAGGCUGUGGCAGUGGCAAAUAUGAGAGCAGAGACGUAUUUUGAUUUCUACUCCAAUAAGCCUCACCUCGAGCGUAAUGUUUUGACUGCCUUCCUCCUUGCACCACAACAACCACCAAUGUUCAGUAGACAAGUAUCAAGAGCUGCAGGACUCACACCCAGAUUUACUCGUGGUCUGGCCACACCGGCUAACAACCACCACAAGAUUCUUAUCGUUGGUGGUGGUACAGCUGGUGUAACGGCCGCUGCACAAAUACAAAACAGAUUGAGAGACGAGAACAAGAGUCUUGGGGCUGGUGAGAUCGCGAUCGUCGAUGCAGCCAAAGAGCAUCACUAUCAGCCAGGAUGGACACUCAUCGGUUCAGGUCUCGGCAAGAAAGAAGACUACGUGAGGCCAGAAAACAGCGUAAUUCCAAAGGAUGUGGCACACAUACCAACCAACAUUCAGUCAUUCACUCCAGCUUCUAACACCGUCACUACCGCCACGGGCGAGACUUUGACCUACGAUUUCCUCAUCGUCGCAGCUGGUUUGAAGAUCAACUUCGGAGGUGUUAAGGGGCUGGAGGGUGCGCUCGCAGAUCAGUCUUCAGGCGUCAGCUCCAUCUACAACCCAGACUACGCCGAGAAGGCCUGGAGAGACAUCGCUGCUUUCAAAUCCGGUAACGCCAUCUUCACACAACCAGCCGGUGUGAUUAAAUGCGCAGGUGCUCCUCAGAAGGUUAUGUGGAUGGCCAACUCGCAGUGGAACAACACUGGCGUGCGUAAAGAUAUCGAUCUCACCUUCGCUACUGGCACACCAUCCAUGUUCGCCGUACCUAAGUACUCGCAAGCACUCGAGAAGCUGCGCGUAGAGCGCGACGUGAACGGCCUCUUCGGUACAAACCUCACCGAGGUUGAUGCGGCUAACAGAGUCGCCAAGUUCUCCCAGAGUGAAGGAAAGACGGUAGAAAAAGAGUAUAACCUCCUUCAUGUCGUCCCUCCACAAGCCCCACUCGAGUUCUACAAGAACUCUCCACUUGCUGACGAGAGUGGCUUUGUGUCGGUAGAUAAGAGCACCACGCAGCACACGCAGUAUCCUAAUGUCUUCUCUAUCGGUGAUUGCUCAUCACUGCCUAACUCUAAGACAGCCGCUGCUAUCUCGGCACAGUCCCCUGUUUUGGUUCACAACUUGAGAAAAACUAUGGAGGGUAAACCUCUAAACGCUGUAUACGAUGGUUACGCCUCUUGCCCUCUCCUGACCGGCCACGGCGAACUCCUCCUCGCUGAGUUCAAAUACGGCGGUGUGCCUAAGGAAACUUUUGCCCCUAUCCUCGGCUCACAGGAUAAACCAAACAGACUGUUUUACCACCUCAAGAAGGAUAUCUUCCCACCUGUAUACUGGAACUACUUUGUGAAGGGUAACUGGUUCGGCACACGCGGUCCAAUCGCACCAAACUUUGACUAA